AAAAAAAAACGCUCACGCUUUUCGUUUCUGAAACCUACUAACCUAACACACACUCGUUCACUGUGUUUCCAAAACAAAGAUUGAAUUUUGCUGAUGUUUUUGCAUACCCAUUUUCGUGAUUAAGCAUUACGCAAUGGGGGUUGGUGGUAAUUUCUGGGACCUGUUGAAGCCCUAUGCCCGCAACGAAGGUUUUGAAUUCUUGAGGAACAAGCGAGUUGCUGUGGACCUUUCGUUCUGGAUUGUUCAGCACAGGAAUGCCAUCAAGGGGAAUGUCAGGAAGCCUCAUCUUAGGGUCACAUUCUUCCGCACUAUCAAUUUGUUCUCCAAGUUUGGAGCAUUGCCGGUGUUUGUUGUUGAUGGGACUCCAUCCCCACUGAAAUCACAGGCAAGGAUUACAAGAUUUUUCCGGUCUUCUGGUAUUGAAUUGGCUAGCUUGCCAGUGCCUGAAGGUGUUUCAGCCGAGAGGAACCGAUCAUUUUCAAAAUAUGUUCAAGAAUGUGUGGAACUUGUGGAGCUACUUGGAAUGCCUGUAUUAAAGGCUAAAGGAGAGGCUGAAGCACUCUGUGCCCAAUUAAAUAGUGAAGGUCAUGUUGAUGCUUGCAUCACAGCUGACAGUGAUGCAUUCCUCUUUGGGGCCAAAUGUGUUAUAAAGUGUUUCUCUCCCAAUUCUAAAGAACCGUUUGAAUGCUACUAUAUGUCAGAUAUUGAAGCUGGGCUUGGAUUGAAGAGGAAACACUUAAUAGCUAUCACUCUUUUGGUUGGGAAUGAUUACGAUAUGAGUGGUGUUCAAGGGAUUGGGCUUGACAGUGCUCUUCGUUUUGUUCAAGCUUUCAGUGAAGAUGAUAUAUUGAAUAGAUUACAUGAGAUAGGCAAAGGGAAUGCUUCAGAAAUUCCCAUCAGCCUUAAAUCCGAGGACAAUAUGGAUAUGGAUGGAAACUCACCAAAUACGAAACAAUCUCACUGCUCAUUCUGUGGGCAUCCAGGCAACAAAAGGGACCAUAUGAAGCUUUCUUGUGAAUUUUGUCUCACAAAUGACAGUGAAGGUUGCCUGAAAAAGCCAGAGGGUUUUAAAUGUGAUUGCUUGUCUUGUGGUAUGAAUAGGAAACAUCAAGGACAGAAAAGGCUGGAAAAUUGGUACACAAAAAUUUGUCACAAGAUUGCAAAGGAGCCAAAUUUUCCAAAGGAUGAAAUCAUUGAUAUGUUUUUAUGCAAUAACAAUGGUUACUUUUCUGCAAAUGACAGGCCUCAGAUCUCAUGGGAAAGACCCAAUAUCGAGAUGCUGAUUGUUUUUUUAAACUUCCAUCAGAACUGGGAGCCAUCCUAUAUUCGGCGGAUGAUAUUUCCUAUGAUGUCCACCAUCUUCUUGAGAGACAUGGCUACAACUACCGUCGAAAGCUUGUUAUUUGGGCAGUAUGAGUUUGAUUCUUUAGAACGUGUGAAGAUGAGAUAUGGUUAUCAGUUUUAUGUGGUCAAAUGGAAACGUGCAGGAGGCAGCAUUGCAUCUAAAAUUCCAUCAAAUGAAUCUAGCACGCAAGAAGAUGUUAGAGAGUCAGAUGAAACGGUGGAUCUGCUGGAUGACGGUGAUCUUCCUGAGAUUCGUGACGAUGGUGGGUGUAGUUUCCUGUUGACAGAUGAAAAUAUGGACCUUGUAGGAGCUGCUUUUCCAGCUGAAGUCAAAAGGUUUCAGCAGGAACAGGAACUGAAGGAUAUGAAAAAAAGAAAGAAUUCAACCUCAAAAGUUCAAGAAAAAGAAAGAUCAGCAUCACCAAAUUCAAGGAGUAUCCAGCUAAAUAUCACAGGGUUCUACCCAUCAACCAAAAUCAAACAUCAACCAAAACGAGGAGAAGAGUCAUCCAAGGAUGUUGAUAGCCAAGGAAGUGGAGGCUCAAAAACGAAAAGGGAAACUUCAAGUGCUAAUCUUUCUAAAUCCGUGAGGCGCCGCCUUUUAUUUGACUAAUAUGUAAAUAUAUGCUUGAGCUUUUUAGAUUUCCUGGCACAUUUACAAGUGACAAUAGUGUUGCGGACCUUAUAAUUUUGUUUUGAGCACAGGCUAGGUGUAUAUGUGUGUAAUCAAAUGCUAGUAUGAAUUGACAAAAAAAAAAUGUUAGUAUGCAAUAAUGCUAAUCGA